AUGAAUCCAAGAUAUGAUGGCGCUUCAUGUGAUAGAGCUUUUACUGAACCAGACUAUUUAUCUUCAGGCUUUGCAGAAUACAACAGUUAA